CGGGAACGGGCUUCAUUCGGACUCCGAUUGAAGGUGACCAUUUCCCGGAGCCUGGUGUUCCCAGGCCACGCUGCGUGAACCCUGCCCCGUUCCCGGAGCGCGUACACGCGGGUCUACACCCGCCGCCGAGAUGGGGCUCCCCGUGCGCCCCGGGGUCCGGCGUCAGGCCCACAGGCGCUGGAGGCGGGACCCUCCUGCUCCCCGAGGUCGGGGUCUGGGGUCCCCGGGGCACUCCGGGCCGCUUCUCCCCGCUGACUCCAGGCCGGGAUUUCCCCCGCACUGACUUUCCGGGACGGAGCCAGCCCGGCCUCCUGGUCCCCGGCCCCCGCCGCGGGGCCGGCUGCUCGGAGGAGGGGAGAGGAGGAGGAGUUUGAGCGACUUUGUGGGGCAGCCUUGGCCUCGGCGGCGGCCGCUCCGGCGAGCGCGGGAGAUCGCAGGGACGCCCGCCGGGCCGUCCGGAGCGGGCGAUGGGGCCCGUGUGAGCGCGCCCAGGCCCGGCCCGGUGCCCGGCGGGCGGCAGCAUGUCCGCGGGCGGCGCCGCCAGGAAGAGCACCGGGAGGCCCUCCUACUACUACCGGCUGCUGAGGCGGCCCCGGCUGCUGCGACAGAGGAGCCGCUCCCGCAGCCGGACCCGGCCUGCCAGGGAGUCGCCCCAAGAAAGGCCGGGCUCCCGACGCAGCCUGCCCGGCAGCCUCUCGGAGAAGAGCCCCAGCAUGGAGCCCUCAGCUGCCACGCCAUUCCGGGUCACGGGCUUCCUCAGCCGCCGCCUCAAGGGCUCCAUCAAGCGCACCAAGAGCCAGCCCAAGCUGGACCGCAACCACAGCUUCCGCCACAUCCUGCCGGGGUUCCGGAGCGCCGCCGCCGCCACUGCCGCCGCCGCGGACAAUGAGAGGUCCCAUCUGAUGCCGAGGCUGAAGGAGUCACGCUCCCACGAGUCUCUGCUCAGCCCCAGCAGCGCGGUGGAGGCACUGGACCUCAGCAUGGAGGAGGAGGUGGUUAUCAAGCCCGUGCAUAGCAGCAUCCUGGGCCAGGACUACUGCUUUGAGGUGACGACAUCGUCGGGAAGCAAGUGCUUUUCCUGCCGGUCAGCAGCGGAGCGGGAUAAGUGGAUGGAGAACCUGCGGCGAGCAGUGCACCCCAAUAAGGACAACAGCCGGCGUGUGGAGCACAUCCUGAAGCUGUGGGUGAUCGAGGCCAAGGACCUGCCAGCCAAGAAGAAGUACCUGUGUGAGCUGUGCCUGGAUGACGUGCUCUAUGCCCGCACCACAGGCAAGCUCAAGACAGACAAUGUCUUCUGGGGUGAGCACUUUGAGUUCCACAACCUGCCGCCUCUGCGUACUGUUACUGUCCACUUGUAUCGUGAGACCGACAAGAAGAAGAAGAAGGAACGCAACAGUUACCUGGGCCUGGUGAGCCUGCCUGCUGCCUCGGUGGCCGGGCGGCAGUUCGUGGAGAAGUGGUACCCCGUGGUGACUCCCAACCCCAAGGGCGGCAAGGGCCCUGGGCCCAUGAUCCGCAUCAAGGCGCGCUACCAGACCAUCACUAUCCUGCCCAUGGAGAUGUACAAGGAGUUUGCUGAGCACAUCACCAACCACUACCUGGGGCUCUGUGCAGCCCUUGAGCCCAUCCUCAGUGCCAAGACUAAGGAGGAGAUGGCAUCCGCCCUGGUGCACAUCCUGCAGAGCACGGGCAAGGUGAAGGACUUUCUGACAGACUUGAUGAUGUCAGAGGUGGACCGCUGUGGGGACAACGAGCACCUCAUCUUCCGGGAAAACACACUGGCCACCAAGGCCAUCGAAGAAUACCUCAAGCUGGUGGGCCAGAAGUACCUGCAGGACGCACUAGGCGAGUUCAUCAAAGCGCUGUAUGAGUCGGACGAGAACUGCGAGGUGGACCCAAGCAAGUGCUCAGCCGCUGACCUCCCUGAGCACCAGGGCAACCUAAAGAUGUGCUGUGAACUGGCCUUCUGCAAGAUUAUCAACUCCUACUGCGUCUUUCCCCGGGAGCUGAAAGAGGUGUUUGCCUCGUGGCGGCAGGAGUGCAGCAGCCGCGGCCGGCCCGACAUCAGUGAGCGGCUCAUCAGUGCCUCCCUCUUCUUGCGCUUCCUCUGCCCAGCCAUCAUGUCGCCCUCACUCUUUAACCUGCUGCAGGAGUACCCUGAUGACCGCACUGCCCGGACCCUCACCCUUAUCGCCAAGGUUACCCAGAACCUGGCCAACUUUGCCAAGUUUGGCAGUAAGGAGGAAUACAUGUCAUUCAUGAACCAGUUUCUGGAGCACGAGUGGACCAACAUGCAGCGCUUCCUGCUGGAGAUCUCCAACCCCGAGACCAUCUCCAACACAGCUGGCUUCGAGGGCUACAUUGACCUGGGCCGUGAGCUCUCCAGCCUACACUCGCUGCUAUGGGAGGCUGUCAGCCAGCUGGAGCAGAACAUUGUAUCCAAACUGGGGCCCCUGCCUCGAAUCCUGAGGGACGUCCACACAGCACUGAGCAUCCCUGCCAGUGGGCAGCUAGUGGGGACCAACGACCUGGCCUCCACACCCGGCUCUGGCAGCAGCAGCAUCUCAGCCGGACUGCAGAAGAUGGUGAACGAGAAUGAUCUCUCCGGUCUGAUAGAUUUCACCCGGUUACCGUCUCCAACCCCCGAAAACAAGGACUUGUUUUUUGUCACAAGGUCCUCUGGGGUCCAGCCCUCACCUGCCCGCAGCUCGAGUUACUCGGAAGCCAACGAGCCUGAUCUUCAGAUGGCCAACGGUGGCAAGAGCCUGUCCAUGGUGGACCUCCAAGACGCCCACACGCUGGACGGGGAGGCGGGCUCCCCAGCAGGCCCUGAUGCCCUCCCCUCCGACGGGCAGGUGCCUGCAACUCAGCUGGUGGCAGGGUGGCCGGCCCGGGUGGCCCCAGUGAGCCUGGCAGGGCUGGCCACAGUUCGGCGGGCAGGCCAGACGCCGACCACGCCGGGUACCUCUGAGGGUGCGCCAGGCCGGCCCCAGCUCCUGGCACCACUCUCCUUCCAGAACCCAGUGUACCAGAUGGCGGCAGGCCUGCCACUGUCGCCCCGCGGCCUUGGGGACUCGGGCUCUGAGGGCCACAGCUCCCUGAGCUCCCACAGCAACAGUGAAGAGUUGGCGGCAGCCGCUAAGCUGGGCAGUUUCAGCACCGCCGCUGAGGAGCUGGCACGGCGGCCCGGGGAGCUGGCACGGCGGCAGAUGUCACUGACUGAAAAGGGUGGGCAGCCCACGGUGCCACGGCAGAACAGUGCCGGCCCCCAGCGGAGGAUCGACCAGCCGCCACCCCCACCCCCACCGCCACCCCCUGCCCCCCGCGGCCGGACGCCACCCACCCUGCUGAGCACCCUGCAGUAUCCGAGGCCCUCAGGCGGGACCCUGGCAUCAGCCUCACCUGAUUGGGCUGGCCCUGGCGCCCGGCUACGGCAACAGUCUUCUUCCUCCAAGGGCGACAGUCCGGAGCUGAAGCCUCGGGCAGUGCACAAGCAGGGCCCUUCGCCUGUGAGCCCCAAUGCCCUGGACCGCACGGCCGCUUGGCUCUUGACCAUGAAUGCACAGUUGUUAGAAGACGAGGGCCUGGGCCCAGACCCCCCCCACAGGGAUAGGCUAAGGAGUAAGGAGGAGCUCAGCCAAGCUGAAAAGGACCUAGCAGUGCUGCAGGACAAGUUGCGAAUUUCCACAAAGAAGCUGGAGGAGUAUGAGACGCUGUUCAAGUGCCAGGAGGAGACAACGCAGAAGCUGGUGCUGGAGUAUCAGGCUCGGCUGGAGGAGGGCGAGGAACGUCUGCGGCGGCAGCAGGAGGACAAGGACAUCCAGAUGAAGGGCAUCAUCAGCAGGUUGAUGUCAGUGGAAGAAGAGCUGAAGAAGGAUCACGCAGAGAUGCAAGCAGCUGUGGACUCCAAACAGAAGAUAAUCGAUGCCCAGGAGAAGCGCAUCGCCUCGCUGGAUGCCGCCAACGCCCGCCUCAUGAGCGCCCUGACGCAGCUGAAAGAGAGGUACAGCAUGCAGGCCCGUAACGGCAUCUCCCCCACCAACCCCACCAAAUUGCAGAUUACCGAGAACGGCGAGUUCAGAAACAGCAGCAAUUGCUAACCUGCCCGAGGAGAGGGAGGACCGUGGUGGCCAAGGGCAGGGUCUCGGCCUGGGGAGGAGCGCCCCCCAGCCGCAGCCCCUGUGCAGGUGGUGAGGGGCUGCACCCAGCUCCCCCGCCCCUCCGCCCGUUGUCCAGGAGGCAGCCUCAGAGGGCACCGCGUGAGACUGACGCACCGAAAGGCCGGGCACAACGGCCCGCGCCCACUCCGCCCGAGAAGCACAUUGGGUGCAGGCGGGAGAGACUGCACGCUGGGGAGCAGGGACAGCCUGUCGGGGGUGGGGGUCUGCCAGAAACCUGUCUCUGUUGAUGGCUGAAUUUGGUGUGUGUCACCUUUUCCUCCUUGACCUGGCCGAGUGCAUGUACCCCACAUCCUCCCCAGGGAGGGAGCUGCCUGCAGAGGUGGAAGGAUUAGAGCUGGCUGCCUCCUCCUGUGGCUUCCCCUGCCUCCUCAGAAGCCCAGGAUUCCUUGGCGGCCAGGCCCCUGCCUUGUGGGACCUGCCCCCUCAGGUUCUAGCUGCUGACAGGCCAGUUGGCGGGUGGGGAGACGGUGGGGAGGGCGCAGAGCUACCAGGGCUCCGUGGUCCCCAGCUUGUCUCCUGCCACUGCAUGUGGCCUGUCUGGCCCUUCCUGGCCGUGAGGAACCAAGGACGUCACCCCCAUGUACCUGUCCCCAGGCUCCACACCUUCCAUCCCCACCUUCCCCGCUUUCCCUCUCUUUAGUUGUAUUGCCACAUAGAUCCAGAGAGGAGCCUGGCGCUGUCUCCUGGGCUCUCUUACCUGAGGGGACCACCUGAACCGCCCACAUUUGCUGCACAAGCCCAGGCUGAUGCUCUGGAGCUCCCUGAAGCCAAAGCCCUGGGCCAAGUUGGCCCAGACUGCACUGUGUGUUGUGUCUGCCCCUCUCCUGAGGGCCCAGUGCAUCCAGGCCACUGUGGCCCUGUAGGGAAUGGCCAGGUGGUGCUCACCCUGGGAGAAAAGGCAAUCUCUCCCCUGAUUGAUGGUUUAAAAAAAAAAAAAAUUCUGAUGUCCACAGGCCCUGAGAAGGUGGAUAACUGUGAUUUUUUUUCCUUUCACAGUAUGCAUUAGAAACAAAAGCCCGCUUGCUCGCUUGCUGGAACACAGGGGCCUUUUAAAUUGAGCGUGCGCACUGCAUGGGAAAUAGCAGCCCUGGAGGAUGUUAGACUUGCUCCCUCUCCAAGACAGCAGCAGCCUGCACCAGGCCCCGUGUGCGGCCAGCCUCCUCCUCACUCCCCCGGCCCCCCAGCCAAGGACCAGGCGCUGCAGACAGGGGAGGGGCGCAUACCCACAGCUGGGGCUGGUUCCCCUCAGCUCUAGGCUGUUGUGUGGCUUAUUAGCCCCACCCCACCCCCUCGUGGGACAUGGAGGGGCAGGGGCUCGGGUCUCAUCCCUCUGUGUUUGCGCCCACUGCAGCUUUUAAGCCUUGGCCCUGGGAAAUCUAGGGUUAGAGCUGAGGAUGUUUGCACAAGUUGCCCAGGGCCAGGGCUGAGCAAGCUGGGACCACAGGGGCUGCCAUCUCCCACUCAGCCUCAGGGAGCUGAGGAGUUCCCUUGGAAAGAGGCGCUGAGCCCCCUGCUGCCCUUAUGCUGGGAACAUGCCCCCAGGGCCAGGGUUGCUGCAGAGACACCCCAACACCCCCACCAGGAAGGGUGGACAUGCAGGAGGGACGGCCCAGAGCCUGCCCUGCAUGCCACCUGGGCUGGGCACAGGCCGCUGCUUCAAAGGGGCUUGUAGAUGUAACCUACAGAUCAUUUAAGGCCAGAAGCAAAUGCUGGUAUAGAGGCCACCAAGGGACAUCGACUUCAGGGAGGCAGGCCAUGGGGGUCCCCACUCAUCCGUCCACACCCCAGCACCUGUGCGUUGUGGCCCAGGGCGGCCACACAGGCAGGGCCUGGCUCCAGGAAUGUCCUCCCGUGGUUCGGUCUCAUCCCUCUACCACCCAGUGGGUCCCACCCUCCUCCCCACCCUCUCCAGAGGCAGCGCAGGGCAGCCUCGGACUGAGCACCUCUUAGCAAUACAGGGGUUCCCAGGGCCUGAGCAGGCGGAGCGGGAGGCAGCGGCCGCGGCAGUGCUGGCCGCCCGCGGUGGGGUGUGGGCUCCCAGGCCAGGGGCCUUAUUUACCUAGUGCAAAAACUGUAAAAGUGUACAGAUUCUUCACAGAUUUUUUUUCUUAACUGCAAGUCUGACGGUUUUUGUAAAUGUUCUUGGUGUUUGACUGUCAUGUAACUAUUCACCUGAUGACUGUACAUAGAUAGUCCUUUCGUCCUGGUGCUGCCGCGGGCUGGUCGGAACUUCUGCUCUCCCCAAUGAGUUUUAUUCUAGAGAACAGUGUUGGGCAGGAGGAAGAAGUUUGGGUCUUGGGUGUUUGUGGUUUUUCCCUGCCUGUGGCAUUUAUUUGUUGGCCUUGUGACUCUCUGCCUGGGGGAGGCUGCUGGGGCACAUGCACUCAGGCCAGGCUGGUGAACAGGGGCUUCCUCCCGAGGCCGCAGGGACCCCACGCCCCCAGGUGUGGCCCUGCCUGCAGCCAGGGCAGGCACUGCAGAGGUCCCCAAAGGAAGGGGAGUGGAGCACAGGGCAAUCAGUCCCUGCGCAGGGAAGUCCAGUCCCUCGACACCCAACUCUGCUGGAGAAGGUCCUUUUUGCUUAACUUUUAUGUUCAGAGUGAAGGAAACUGCCAAACUUCCUAUAAGUGAAGACUCUUUCUCCAGCUGCCCAGAAAAUGGGGUGGGGAAGGAAGGCCAGAGUGGCCAGAGCCUCUGCCCCGAGGCCCACCUCUGCCCCCAACCCCAUCCGUCUGCUGCAGCCAGACGCCCAGGGAAGCAGCCCCUCUCUUUUCUACAUACCCAGCCCCACAGCUGACCCCAGCCACUGCACCGCGUCCUAUCUUCCCCCUUUUGUAAGUAUGUGAAAAGGAAAAAAAUGUAAACGGAGUUUUGGCUGGACCGCCUCCCUCCAGCUGUGACUUUUAACUAUGUAAUAAUGUACAGAGAAAAUUGUUGGUGUUCUAAGACUCUGUGUGGCUGUGCAAUUUCUGUACAUUUCCAAUUAGAAAUAUUAAAGAUUUAUUUAGCUAUUUUAA